AUGACCUUCACAAUCCGCUACGCCACCGAGCAAGACGCUCCCCACCUUGCCAACAUCAAUGUAGUCAGCUUCAAUCACCAGGCAUUCUGGGCCGCGCUCUUCCCAAACGUCGCCGUGCCCGGAACUUUGCCCCUCAAAACAGCCCGUUGUCUAGAUAAGCUCAGGUCGCCGCAAGUGCAUGUCGUGGCAGCGGUCGAUGAUGACUCGGGCAAAAUCAUCGGAUAUUCUCGAUGGCUGUUUCCGAAGGAUUACGAAACGAGCGUUGUCGAUUUGUCCUCCGAGGGCGUAGAUGCACUAGCGGCUCAUGAAGACGGGAAAGCGUACCCUGAGGGUAUCAACAUGGGAAUCUAUCAAGCAUUUAAGGACCUUUUGGCUGAGAUGCACCGGUUACAUUUUGAGGAGGGGGAUAUCAUGCUGGAAUUCCUCGCUACCUUGCCGGAAGCUCAAGGCAAGGGUGUCGGAACGGCUUUGCUGCAAUGGGGCAUUGAGCGUGCUGAUGCGAUGAAUGCUAGAGUGUAUUUAGAGGCCACCGAGGAUGGGUAUCCGCUUUAUUGGAAGCAUGGGUGGCGGGAUUUGCAGGUGGCGAGGUUGGACUUUACGGAGUAUGGGAGCACAGGGUCACAGGAGUGGGUUGUUAUGCGGAGGGAUAGGAGGGUGCCGGUUGCUGAAUGA